AUGCAGCUCAUUCGGGUCGUAGCCAAGCUCUCCGCCUUCGCCACGAGCGUGUUGGCGGCACCCAUUAGAAUACCCGGAAUUCCGGAAGCGAAGUUGUACGGGGACGACGUUUCAAACCAGCUCACCGACGGCACGCCAUGCAGGGACCUCUCGGUGAUAUAUGCACGGGGGACCACGCAGUCGGGCAACAUUGGCAACUCCAUCUCGGUCGGGCCCAUCACCUUUGACGCGCUCGCCAAGAUCGUCGGCCAGAGCAGAUUGGCGGUCCAAGGGGUGGAUUACAAGGCCAGCUUCAUGGGAUAUGCCAAGGGUGGCCAGCCGAAAGCUACAGGCGAAAUGGUGGAUUUGAUACAAGAGACACAAGCUAGAUGUCCCAGCAGCAGGAUAGUAAUCGUUGGCUAUAGCCAAGGAGCACAGGUUGUCCACAACGUCGUGAAUGCAUUACCGCCUCUAGCGGCUACCAAACUUGCAGGCAUUCUCACCUUUGGCGAUCCCGAUGCAAAGGAACCAGUUCCUAUGCAGACUUGGGGCAAAUGGAAAAUCAUUUGCCAUCCCGACGACAGACUAUGCCAGGGCAGCCACCUCCAUGUGACCAUCGAUCACUUGAACUACCAAAAGGAUGCUCAGACAGCCGCACAAUGGAUUGCAAACAAGGCUGGGUUGUUCCCGUCACCGUCUGGCCUUGAAGCAGAUGGUAUGGGAGCAGCUGGUAUGGGAGCACCUAAUAUGGGAGCUCCUAGUAUGGGAGAACUAGGUAUGGCGGCACCUGGUGGUAUUGCAGCGCCUGCUGCCUAACGACUUAACUUUAAUCUCAAUUGUUUAAUAUGAUAC